AUGGAAGAGCUGGUGGAAACGACCACCGAAGAGGCGCCAAGCUGCGUCGAAUCGAUGAAAGAAGCGCCAUCACCGUUGCUGGGAAUUGCCGAUGCGGUCAUGACUACCACUGCAAUGGAAGACGCAGAAGGCCGGCUCAAGGAGGAGAACGAGGUUGCGGUCGAUACGGUGGCGGAAGAAGAAGGUGACCUUGUUGCUACUACCGCUGUUCUCGACAAUGAAAGAGCGACCGCCUCUAUAAAAGAUUCCCAAGGAGAUGCGGAGCAAAGGUCAACAUUAGAGCGAUGGGACCUCGCAAUUGAUGGGUGGAAGUAUAGAAAGAAGAAGCAAGGGCCCAUGGGUGACCUUGAGUUUGAGAAGCAGAAGGAUUGGAAGAAGUCGCCAAUUACGUAG